GCUGACCAGUGUAAACAAGCCAGCGUUACUAUAAAUACAGCACGGACAGCGUCCCUCCAUCACGCGUCUCUUCUCGCUGCAACCAGACGACUCUACAUUAAAAAUGACGACAAACCGAGCACCGGCAGAACAUCUGAACUACGGGGACCAUGAGAAGGGGGACAUCAUCAUGAUCGAUGUCCAGGUCCCUAAGGACGGCUCCAAGGUGGAUACAUAUUUCAGUGGUCUGAACUGGAACGCAGGCCAUGACGGGGGCGGGUACUGUGGGAUCCAGGACCACGGACCCAGGGGGAGGACCUACAUCUUCUCCAUGUGGGACCCGAAGACGACAACCACGGAGAAGAUCACCGCCGCCUACCAGGGUCUCUGGACCAAGUCCCACCACUUCGGCCACGAAGGAAGCGGCCUACACUCGGACAACACCAGCCUAGGCUGGGACCCUGAUGUCUGGUUUACCCUGGCUGUACGGCGCUGGGACGUGGGCAAGCACAGUCACUUUGGGUACUGGGUUCAAAACCAAGCCAGCCGUGUUUGGACCCAUCUGGUGACCUUCGACUACCCAAUUGCAGAUGUGACAUUCAUGAGCAGCACGUCAUCCUUCAUGGAGAAUUACUCGGCACAUGGCGAUGGAAGCCUUCUGAGACAGGUCCACUAUGGUCAUGGGUACAAAAGACGCCUGGACAAGACCUGGAUCCCUUUCGUCAACGCCAACUUCUCCGUCAACCAGGGAGCCCAGACGGCCAACUGGAACCACAACUACAACGCUGGAACUAAGGCUGACUAUUUCUUCCUGGAGCUAGGUAAGACCGUCCACCCGGAUCCAGGAGUUGGGACCCACCACAGCUUCAAACUGGCCACGACCAUGCCCCCCAAGCCUGCCAAGUCAGCUAUCACAUUCACCAUCAGCAAGGCUACCCAUGACCUGGUGGAGUGGCAUGUCCCGGAGACGUCCACGCCGCAGUUCAGCUACACCAUCGACGUAGAUGGAAAGCAUAUCGCGUCUGGGGUCGAUCCGGAGAAGAGGAACCUUGACCUGAAGCAGAUCCAGGGCAACAAGGUCACGGUGACCUUGGAAGAUCUUUUUGGCGAGACUGUGUCUGUGUCUAAAGUGAUCACCUAAGUCAAGGCGUCUGGCAUGACCUACCUAUAUGUAUAAGUACAUGACCUACCUACCUAUGUAUCACGAUACGGGAAAGGAGAGCGACCAUGAACAAUUAUAAAGCAAGAUGUAUUCCCCUGUAUUCUCCAAAGUCGUAUAUAGAAGCUUGUGUUUUAGUUUAGAAAUACUAUUAUUUGUUGGUUUUUAACAUAAUAUAGUUCAUGGUUACAAAAAACAUAGUCAUGAUGUACUGUUAACCUAUUGAUUGGUUAUUUUACUACAGUUAUUUUAUAGCCAUUAGCUACCUCAUUUACAGUUCCAGAAUCCUGUCUCUAUUGUUAAGGACCCAACACGACGCAUUUAAAGUAUUCAUUACAACUCUAUCAAAUCAGUCUUACCAAACACAAUUCAAUGUAACCCAUAUGAAGUUCGUGCUAAGUUGAAUGGUGGUACUACAUUAAUUUGUCUUGUCUUGUUAAGAUAUUCCAUGGGCAGAUAUAUGUUUAGUAGGAAUAUAGAGUUUAGCUGAAAUUGUAUAGGCAAAGUAAACAAAAGUUAAAUUGUGACUGCAGAAACAACACCUCGGCAGGUGUUUCAGCGCUCGUCAAGGGCAACGCUACGUCAAUGGGUGAGUGAGUGAGUUAAAACUUUACGUCGCAUCGCCAUGAUUUCAGCCAUAAAGCGACGAGAACAAGUUGAUAUAUUUUGAGUCAUGAAUACAAAGUUAUAUUUUAAAACAAAUUUGUCAAACAUAUUUUAUCAUAACAAUAUUUUUUACAACUGUUUAAAACACUGGCUAUUAGCAUCCAGCAACUGAAGCUAAACAUCCUCGCUGGGGAUCAUAGGGACGUACGGUGCCUCAGCAUCCAGAAGGAUUUACGUCAUCACUUUAACUACUGGUGGUUGUGUAACAGAACUAGCGAAUACUACAAAAUACUCAGCAAAGAGUUGGCUUAAAACACUGGCUGGUGAUAGUUACAUUAUUUAUUAUAGGAAUUACAUGUCACACAAGGGAAAAUAAUUUUACAGUACUUUAACCUCCUGGACAGAGCCUUCAAUAACCUUUGUUGAUAAAAGCAUCACACCAAAUUUACGUCAAUGGUAAAACGUCGUUAAUAUUGAUGCUGUUGAGGCCAGGUGAAACAGAAACACUGUAUGAUGUAUUGUGAAGCUAGUUGCUGUCGGCAGUAGAUAUCUCUCAGAUGUUGUAAACCUUUAACAUUCUUGAAAGUUGAAAGUAAUCUACAGUAUUUUCUAAGGGAAUUUUUAAAAUAAUUUAUCAGAACGUGUUAACGUACCUCUUUAAUUCGUAUUUAUUGAACAGUCAAAUAAUAUCCCCUUUUUGUUGUAUAUUCUAUUAUCUUCCAUAAUUUUAUCUGAUUUUGUCAAAAUGUAAUUGCUUACCGCAAAUGGUCGAAAUAUUUUACCACAAUAUUAUUUACCUGUUCCCGAUUCUGCAACGGUAGAGAUGAUCUUACUAUCAUGUAAAGUGUACUGCAUGAAAUAUGUUAAUCAAAAUGAUCUGGAAAUAAAAUUUGCAUACAAUAAAAACAAGUGGUUGGUGAA